UCUGUUAUUCCCUCCUCCGUCUUGACUUUGUUUGCUACUACCUACAAUCUCUCUCUCUGCCUCGUGUUGAACGAAAGGCUCAUCUUUUCCCUCGUGCUAUUUCUAAUCCCCGAAUUUCUUCUAGAAGGCAAACGCUCGGCGUCUAGAGCUGUAGCUGCCCGCCCUCGGCCCCUUCCCUGAGCUCAUACCUAGCUGUCCUUCCAACCAACCCUAGGUGGCCCUGCAUUUCGCAGCUUCCCAGCAACAUGGCUCAGAACAACAUGAACAAUCUUACCACACUCAUAAAGAGGCUUGAGGCGGCGACCUCGCGACUAGAGGACAUUGCCUCAACCUCAGUUGGCUUCGAUGUUACAGCCCCGGCUCCUGCCACGGCGCAGGCUCCUGGCGUAACCCCAGCAGGCCCCUCCUCCGCAGUGGCACCCAGCGCCCCGAAGGCUGCCGAGUCUUUGCCUGCAUCGAUCCAGGCAUUCGACAAUCUUUUGAACAAUGAGCUCAAGACAUGGUUGGAUUUGAGCAGCAAGCUGGGGGAUGUUGUGGAUGGUCAGGCGAAAGCUGUACAACAAGCCUUCACGGCGCAAAGGCAAUUCCUGCUUGUUGCGACCAAGGCAAAGAAGCCGGAUAUCUCCACCUGCAUGGAAAUCCUCAAAGAUCUCCAGGCUGCCAUGGAGAAAGUUGAUGAGGUCCGACAGAACAACCGCGAAGCUAGUCUCAGGGAUCCUCUCACCAUGGUCACUGAUGGUGUCGGGGCUUUGGGCUGGGUCACGGUCGAGGGUAGCCCGAAACCCCACGAGUACAUCAAGGAAUUGUUCGGCGGUGCUCAGAUCUUCGGCAAUAAGGUGCUGAAGGAAUACAGAGACAAGCCCGACAAGACAAACGCCGAAUGGGUCCAGGCUUACUACAAGCUCUUCAAUGUCCUUGCCGACUACGCAAAGCAACACCAUACUACUGCAGUUGCGUGGAACAAGGAUGGAAUCGAUGCUAAGGAGGCGGCUCAGCAAGUAAAGAACGCAUCUUCUGGGGCCCCGACUGGCAGUGUCCCACCUCCACCACCACCACCGCCGCCACCAGCAGGCGGUAUUCCUCCACCUCCAGGUCCUCCCCCGCCACCAGGCCUUCCACCACCACCAGGUGCAGCACCCAAGCCUAAGUCUAAGGCUGCCCCUGAUAUGGGUGCAGUGUUUAGCGACUUGAACAAGGGCUCGGAUGUCACAAAGGGACUGAAAAAGGUCGACGCUAGUCAAAUGACGCACAAGAAUCCGUCGCUGCGCGCAACUGCGCCAGUUCCAACCCGUAGCGACAGCUCUGGCUCCCUUCGCAGCAAGUCCCCUGCCCCCCCGGGCAAGAAACCCAAGCCUGAAAGCAUGCGGACGAAGAAGCCACCAAAGAAGGAGCUCGAUGGUAACAAGUGGAUCAUCGACAAUUUUGACAGCCCUGGCGAUGUUGUAGAGAUUGAAGCUGAGAUUCAGCACUCUAUCCUCAUUUCUCGCUGCAAGAACACAACAAUCCGCAUCAAGGGUAAGGCCAAUGCUAUCUCACUCGACAAUUCAUCCCGCGCCUCGCUCAUCAUCGACUCGCUCGUCUCCUCGGUCGAUGUCAUCAAAUGUCCCAACUUCGCGCUGCAGGUACUCGGCUCGCUACCUACCGUUCUCCUAGAUCAGGUUGACGGAGCCACUAUUUACCUGUCUAAGGAAUCCCUUAACACAGAGAUCUUCACCAGCAAAUCUUCCAGCGUGAACAUAAACCUCCCAACCGACGAUGACUACGUCGAGAACCCUGUCCCUGAACAAUUCAGGAGUUACAUCAAGGAUGGCAAGCUGAUUAGCGAGAUCGUGGAGCACGCUGGUUAAAGUGAUGAUGCACGAUAUAUUGUUGGAUAAAAAGAGUAGCAUGGCAUUGGAUGGAGUUCUUUACUUCCCACUUGAAUCGCCGACGCCGAUGUAGAAGCUAUAUUCAUUCUGUUGUGGUUGCAUACUUGCUGGCGCUGUACAUCGUCGUUUGUAUGUGUCUUCAUGGAGUGCGCAGCACUUGUAGUAAGCUUGCUAUGUAUUUUGAGCUUGUGUGCACAAUAUACAAAGCAUUUUGGAACUUGAGCCUUGUUUUUGAUAUAUAUUUGAACUUCAGAUCCAUUCUCCUGAUCCAUUUUCUUCUCCCGUUCUCAUUUUGUCAUCACCUAGUAUGAAGAAUCCAUAAACAAAAUGAGCCGAUAUUUUCC